ACCUCUGUGUGGCAGAAGUGCUGCAGCUGCUGACACCGAGGUUGAGGGCGAGCGAUCCCAGCGCUGGGGACUCCACCGCCGCCCUCCUACACAAGCUUCUUGCCUCAGAAUCUUCGCCCCUCACCUCUUGUAAACACUCAUUCGGCUGGUCGCCUGCUGCGCCUCCUGCAUCACAGGCUUACAGCCAAGGCAGCAGUGAGGUGUCCGAUUGGGACACGUGAAGAACUGGAUCCCAGACGGAAUGAAAAUGCACCACAAAAAGACAGCUGCAAGACAGCAAACCAGGGAGGCUCCAGGUCACCACACCAAUUCUACAACCUUCAGGAAGAGAAAGGCCUCACAAAAGAAGCAGAGGAGGAGAUCUUCACAGUCCCAGAGGAACAUCGUGGGCUGCAGAAUUUCUCAUGGAUGGAAGGAAAGUGAUGAGCCCAUCACCCAGUGGAAAGGAACUGUUUUGGAUCAGGUGCCUAUAAAUCCCUCUCUUUAUCUGGUGAAAUAUGAUGGAAUUGACUGUGUCUAUGGACUGGAACUUCACAGAGAUGAAAGGAUUUUAAAGCUUAAAAUCCUUCCUGAUAAGGUGCCACUUUUUCAAGUCAGAGAUGUGCACUUUGAAAAUACUAUAAUUGGGAAAGCAGUGGAACACAUGUUUGAGGGUGAGCAUGGUUCUAAGGAUGAAUGGAGGGGGAUGGUCCUAGCCCAAGCACCUAUCAUGAAAACCUGGUUUUAUAUUACCUAUGAGAAAGAUCCUGUCCUGUACAUGUACCAGCUUCUAGAUGAUUAUAAAGAAGGUGACCUCCGUAUCAUGCCAGAGUCCAGUGAGUCUUCUCCAACAGAAAGGGAGCCAGAAGGAGUUAUAGAUGGCCUGAUAGGUAAACAUGUGGAAUAUACCAAAGAAGAUGGCUCCAAAAGGUCAGGCAAAGUCAUUCUUCAAGUUAAAGCCAAACCUUCUGUGUAUUUCAUCAAGUUUGAUGAUGAUUUCCACAUCUAUGUCUAUGAUUUGGUCAAAAAGUCCACUAGGGUAAAAUCUGCCAAGUGUGGGGAGGCAAAUGUAUAAUUUAUAUAUAUAUGCAAAAAGUGUAAACUUUUCAAGGUAUUGGAAGCCUAAGGGUCCUUGAUAACCUACAUCUUUGCCAGCAUAAUUAUUGUUUUAUUCUUAAAAAUACAAAUUUAUGUGGACAGGACAUGCUGUAUGUAAGCAUUUUGUCUUGUUGUAAAGAUUGGGUGUGUUUGGUGGACGAAGCAUGUAAGGAAAAGCUGUAA